AUGGCGAGCAGCCAGGACGACUUCGCCCGCGCAAACCCAUGGCUGCCCGCCUUCAUGCGCCGUGACUAUCCCGACCCGCCUGCUGCGAAUGAGCGCACUUCUCUGCUGCCUCCGCGCGAGCGCGAAGAGGGCGACGUCUUUGAUCUGGAGGAUACGGACCGCAGCUCUACCCAGCUGGUCGUGGCUGAGCUGUGGAUUCUCUUCAAGGGCUCUGUUCCCGUCAUCCUUGCCUACACCUUGCAGAACUCGCUGCAGACCAUCUCCGUCCUGGUCGUGGGAAGGCUGUCGCCCGAGGCCCUGGCUACGGCCGCCUUCUCCUACAUGUUCGCCAUGGCCACCGCCUGGCUGAUAGCCCUCGGCGGCACCACCGCAAUCGACACCCUCGCCUCCGCCAGCUUCACCGGCAGCAAGAACAAGCAUGAUCUUGGCGUCAUCCUGCAGCGAGCUUUCUUCGUCCUGGCUCUCUUCUACAUCCCCGUCGCCGUGCUCUGGCUCUGCGCCGAGCCCGUCUUCAAGCUGCUGGGCCAAGAGCACUACAUUGCCCGAGACUCGGCCAGGUUCCUCUCUGCCCUGAUUCCUGGCGGUCUGGGCUACAUCUACUUUGAGUGCAUGAAAAAGUAUCUGCAGGCCCAAGAGAUCAUGAGACCAGGCACCUAUGUGCUUUUGAUCACUUCCCCCCUCAAUGCCGGUCUGAAUUACUUGUUUGUCUACACUUUCGACAUCGGCCUUCUCGGCGCACCCCUCGCCACUGGCAUUUCCUACUGGCUGUCCUUUCUGCUUUUGCUUGCAUAUGCACGCUUUGUCCACGGCUGGGAGUGCUGGGGCGGCUGGACCCGUCAGGCUUUCUCCAACCUGCGCAUCUUCUCGCGCCUCGCCUUUCUCGGUGUCAUCCACGUAGGAACCGAGUGGUGGGCGUUUGAGAUCGUUGCCUUGGCUGCCGGCCGUCUCGGAACCAUUCCCCUGGCUGCGCAGAGCGUCAUCAUGACGACGGACCAAGUCAUGAACACGAUUCCUUUUGGCGUCGGAGUGGCUACGAGCGCCCGCGUUGGCAAUCUUCUGGGGGCGCGGAACGCCAAGGGGGCUGCGAGAUCGGCCAACACGGCUGCCUGGCUGAGCAUGAUACUGGGCGCUCUUGUCCUGGCCGUGCUGAUGGGCGUCAAGGACUUCUAUGCGCGCAUCUUCAACGAUGACCCGGACGUGGUCAAGCUCACGGCCCAGGUCAUGCCGUACGUCGCUCUUUUCCAAAUCGCCGACGGCCUGAACGGCAGCUGCGGAGGCUCGCUCAGGGGCAUGGGAAGGCAGCACGUUGGUGCUGCCGUCAACCUUGUCAGCUAUUACUGCGGCGCCCUGCCGCUAGGCAUUUACCUGGCUUUCCACGGCUGGGGCCUUGGCGGGCUCUGGAUCGGACAAUGCAUCGCGCUCUAUCUGGUGGGCUUUUUGGAGUGGGUGAUUGUGGCAUUCAGUGAUUGGGACAAGCAGGUCCAAAAGGCAUUUGAGAGGAUGGAUCACGGUGAGAGGGCAGAGCUCGGAGCGCAGGAUAGCCAGUAG